AUGAUGAGGUAGGUUAAUGUAAAUAAUUUGGUGAGAAUUCCUUAUUUGAAGGAAAUAAAAGUUAAAGAGUUGCCCAAAAUGAUAGUUAAAGCAACUGAGAUUAUUAGUUUUAGAUAAAACUUCUUGAAGAAUUUUACAAAAAUGAUAAAGAGUUCUUUAUCAGUAAAUACAUGA